GCUUUGCUGGAGUGCAUCAUACUACUAGUUUCACAGAGCGUCUUGUUUAACGUUAUAUUUCAGCAUGUCUAAGUUAUCGCCGGUUUUACCGACAACUCUUAUUCUCAUAGGAGGAUUCGGAGGUUUGUUCCUGCUCAUGGUUAUGCUCUUUGCCAAACGACAAAUCACACGCUUCAAAUUCCGGUCGCGGAGGGCUCCUCAUACUGCUGUCGGUCAUGGUGCUCCAAAGCGACUACAGUUAGAGAUUGAGCAUCUGAUACAGAGAACCCAACAGAUCAAGGGAUUCCCAACACUGCUUGCAGAUGAUGACUAUAGGCUGCAGUAUCUUGCUAACACAGAGUCAGAUAGAUGCACAUAUGUCUACAGAAUGAAAGCAGUUGAUGCAUUUAUCCAUUUCGAAGAGCAAGUAAAAAAGUUAGACGGACGUCUGGCUCGCCCUACUGGUCUCAGUGUUAGAGAGCAUAUCAAGCAGCUUAAAGUCUCACCUUUGACCCCACUCAAAGGAGCCAGUGAUGCACUCUGCAGGGCUUACAUUGAUGCAUACGAGCAUGCUAGAUUUGGAUGCAAGCCAUUUGGUGAAGCUGAGUACAACAACUACAUGGCAUUGCUUCAUGAGCUCAUCAACUGCUUGCGGCAUAAAAGCCAUAAAAAGAGGAAAGUGAGUCAGGCAGCACACCCCUCCCAAGGGCCAACCAGGUCUAGUAUUGGCAGUCAAUUCUCUCAGGUAUCUGGACCAUCUCCUAACCAGGACAAUGUUUCAUCAAAUAACAGAGCCACCACAUCUUCAGGAAGCAUCCAUCGCCAUGUAACACCUCAACAGCUCAGCCCCAAGAGCACCAUUGAUGAAACAUCCAGAAUGACAGACUGGAGUAGCUCCCAAUCACAAUCACAGACCAUUUAUGAUGGAAGCACAGAGCGUAUUCAACUUAUUAGAAAUCCUGAUAGAAUGCAAUACACAAGAAAGGAUAGUGGCUGAGCUGAGCCUGUUGUCUGCUACUACUCUAGAUAAACCUCCUCUUUGAGGUGGUGAAGGAUUCUUGUUGCUCCAUUGUCACAGAUUUUACUCUUGGACCUUAAUCUGAACCUGGUGUUCAUGUUUGCGAGAAUGUGCGGCUUAAUCAGUGGAGCUAGAUGCUGACGCUGUUCACUGACUCUGAGCGAUCACAAGAUAGAUUUUAUAGUGUAUUGAAAGGGAAUAGUGGUCAAUGUGCUCAAAAAGUUUCUUGCCAUGAAGAUGGUCAAUUAUAAUUAAUGAAUUCUUUGGAUUUACAAAUUUUAUGAUUAUGAAGAUCAAAGAUAUUUAUUGUUGCAAUAGAAGUGACAUCUUACUGAAGAUUCUGGCCGAUUUAAAUCUUAUAUAUGUACGCUUCAGAAAUAGAACUCUGUCAAUGAAGGAAAAGUCCAUGACAAAAUAAAUGUAAAUCAAAAGGUUUUCUAUUGAGCUAAAACAUUGUUUGAAUAAACGUGAACUGUUCAGAAUAUAGGAUAUAUCGCUGGGCUAAGUUGGGCUUUCUCUUCAAAGACUAUCUGGUAAAUCAUGAUCAACUCCCAAAAUGGCAGCUAAGGAGAAAUUGGGAAGAGCCAAAAAAUCUGCCAAUGGAAAAUGCCCUGAAAGAGGCCCCAUGUGAAGCCCCCAAAAAGGAGUGUCUCUAUGACGCAGUGCAACAAAUUACUCAUCUACAACAUAAGGUACUUUAUUCGAUUACAAACUUAAUUUUCAGCAUUGAGUUCUCCACCAGUUUAAAAUGGUUUGAUCAUCAUAAUGGAGAUAACAUAUAUUCCAAUUUAUAAUUAUGAUCAAGAAUCCUUUUCUUAUGAUGUAUUGUACUUCCCUUUUGAUCAUUUCUCAUAUAUCUUAUUUUCACAUGCCAGUUGUCUUCACCGUACAUAAUAAAGUACAACUCACCCAA